GCUUAUCUGGACCUCGGUAUUGAAUGAUCGUGCGACGACGUAUCGUGUAUCGUACAUACUUGCGAUCCGCGAGCGAGCCUCUGACGCGAGGCGUAUCGUAAUGGCUGCGACUUGAUUUACGGGCGAAGGCCUACGUGAGGCAACGCGGAGAGGCGAGAGCGAUUGCGAGAGAAGAGGUGGUCCGUGUGUGGAUUGGGUGGAAACGCGAGCAAAGCGUGAUUAACGUCGCAAUCGCGCAAUCGUCACCGUCAUUGUCAUUAUCGUCGUCGUUGACGAGGAAGAUUCAGCUGCUCGAUCGCUCUCGAGGGCGAAGGACACUCUCGCGAGAUUUGUACGCGUGAUACCGUGCUCGCAUCGUGCGUGUCGCGCGUGGGUGGGCGAGGCGUGUUCAUUCGCCUCGAUACUCCGAUUCCUCGUACAUUCUGUCGCGGUAUCGUCGCGACGAGCGCUCGUGUGUCUCGUGUCCGCGCGCGCGCGCGUGUGUGUGGUGUGGAUCGCGCGUGGUGUGCGGGAGGUUGAGUGCGUGCGUGCGUGCGUGAGGUUGCACUCGAGCAACAGAGCGGUACGUCGAACAGCAGCGAUGAGCGACGACAGGAGCGAGGAUGAUCCGAUCAUGGACCUCUGGUACAGCAAUUGGGAGCAGCAAUGCGUCGAGGCGCUCGAGUCCGAGCCCGAUUACGAGAGUCAGCUGCACAACGAGAAGGAGAUCUAUUCGCAGCAGAUGUGGACGAAGUUCCAGACCACCGCGUCGGCCAUCGCCCAGUUGUACAAAGAUCGCACGCUGGGGGUCUCGCUGUGGGUGCCCUUUCAGACGGCUGCUGGAACUGUCACAUCAUUGUACAAAGAUUCAGUGGACUGUAUGAGGCGAUGCAGCGAUUUGGGAGUGGAAAUGGGCAAGCAGAAACGUUGUAAAGAAAUUAUGAAUUGGGCUAGGAAAAAAAGACGUAUGAUUCGCAGGGAAGAUCUUCUUGCAUAUCUCGCUGGAAAGCCACCUCCACCUCGUUCGCAUCCACACAGGAGUUCACCCAAACCACGAAUGAUGGUGUGUGGUUCCCCAUCGUCGCAAAGUCAAACAGCGAGUAUGGUUAUCGCUCCAGCACCAACAACAGGCACCGAUCCAGAUCCUGAAUUACACACAUUUAGAGAAGCGUUGUCGGGCUCUCCAGUAUCUCGGCGUAGUGGAAGACAAGCCGAACUGUCGGCUUUUAUUAGCAACGAAUUGGCUCGGCAUCAUAAACGGCCUGCUUCACACGACGUGGAUAUGGGAUCACCCACGCACAAACGUAUGCGUACUACACUGUAACGGCGCGCGAUGCGUACGGUAGCUUUACUCCCUCGUUCCCUGUUAAUUAAUCGUCCUGAUUAAUGACUAAUAGCUCAGCUCCCCUACAUAACUCCUGGUUAUGUGUAAUCAUUUGAGGGAAACGGUAGUGGUUUACACUGCCAGAUAAGCACGUUCGUGUGUCUUCGAUUGCAUCUACUGUCGAUCUCAUUUUAUAUAACUUUUCAAAAUUAUUUAAUCUAUGUACAGUGCAUAUGUUGUAUGCAUAAAAUUUAAAUAUUGCAUAUAUAGAAUAUAUUUAUGAAAUAUUUGUUUUGCGUAUAUUGGCAAACUAAUAUUUUGUUCACAGUUCAACAAUUUUUAUUUCCCCUUGUAUGCGAUUUCAAUUUAGAAAUUGAAAAUUUGGAUUACGUGAAAUUCUGUAUGAUAUAGAUGUAUAUAUGUAAUUAUACUUCUUGUUUAUUGAUAUAUACGAAAUCACGCAAGUGAGAGCACACGAACGUGUUUUAACUACUGUUUAAAGUGCCCACACAUACACACACACAUACACAUAUACACACGCAUACACAAUGAUCGACGCAUCUGACUUUACGUGCAACAAUUUAUAUAUGAGACUGUCAUUUUGUCGAUCUGUGUAAAUCAAUUUAUGAAGAAUUUUUUUAGCCAAUGUGUGACAUUAUCCGAAACGUUAAAUCUUUAAGCGUCAAUACGUAUAUCGAUAUGUAUGUAUCAAAAUUUGUAAUGACUGAUAAGCAUUCUGUCAAUAUUGUUGAUAUUUCAAUAUUUUCCUUACAUGUGGAAAAUCUUGAAGUUCUCGAAGAUGAAGCAAAAAGAUACUUUUGUGUUGUUUGAAAAUUGAUAGAUAAGUUAUGUCAGACUGGGACAGGGAGGUAUGAGUGCAAAAUAUGUUUUUACAUUAAAUUAAAAUUCAUCAAGUUGCUCAUUUGAUUGUUUUUAUUAUAAUUUAAUUGUUUGCAAUUAAUCUUGUAGACGGUUUUUAAUCAAUGAAAUACUUGUUUGUAAUAGCCAAUAUAAAAAAAAAUAAAAAAAUAAAAAAAUAAGAAACGAUAGGAAAUGAUGAUAAUACGAUGAUAAUAAGCUUAAAAUUUUUUCCAUUUUAAGUUUUAUUUAUCAAAAAUUGAUUACUAUAUUCUUGUUGAAAUGUCUCUGAAUGUAUAAAAUUUGAGUCUAUUAUUUUUCUUGUAUAAUAUAUUUUCUCGUUUAUAUCAUUUAUCGUUUAUACAUUCUUUUCUAUCCUACAUUUGUUGCAUUUCAUCAUGUGUGCGUCAUCAUAGGACAAGUUGAGACAGUUGCCCAGAUUGUUCAGUUUUUAUUUUAUGUAUCCAAAUUCAUACGUUAUUAUAAAAUUAUUUAUAGAGUUAAUACGAGAGAUUAUGAUAGCAAUCUUUCUUUCUCAAGAAGAGUAAAAUAUAAGCAAAGUAUUAAACUAUUUCAUUUUUCAACAUGGAAAGUGUUUAAUUGCAAAUGUUACGAGGCAUCAAAAAUACUUCUCAAAGAGAUCUCAUUAUGAGUUUUUACCGUGGUAAACCAAACGUUUAGUGUAAGAAUUUCCAUUGUGCGAAAAGGAAAAUGGGCAAAAUAAAAAGGCAGACAUGUUUGUCUGAUUUGUUAUAAGAAUCUAAUAUUAAUACCCCAAAAAAGGGCGAUGCGAUAGUAUAAAUUUAGUUUAUCUUUUGUUGACGCGUAAGCUAGGUGAGAGAAGAUAUGAUUCAUCAAGAAGAUACCAAGCUUUACCUCCCGAACAAGGUCUGCGUUAAUAUUCUACAAUUAUAAAUGGAUUUAAUAUUCCAUAGCUCCUCACAGGAGCGCAAUGUGUUCGCUAUAUAGAACUUACGUAAACGUAGACUUUGUCAGGUGUGAUAAUGAUUGCAAUAUAUGUAUACGUGUAUAUAUGUGUACAUAUGUUUUAUGUAUUUAUAUAUAUAUAUACGUAUAUAUGACGAUGUAUUUUGUAAAAAUGGCGCUUAUGAUGCGUUUAAUGAUUUGUGCCAGAGAGUGAGAGCCUCCAAUGAAGAUAAUGAUUGUAAAUGUACAUUAACUUUUACAGUUUUUAACUAUGCCUCAUAGUACUUCUCUGAGUUUUCAAAGAUGUCGCAGACGAAUUAGUAGAUCGUUAUUUUAUCGAAUCAAACUGUUACGACUCGAUUUAUACACAAGAUCCACGUAUUCGUCGGCGAAUCGUUCUCUGAAGAUCAUGUCAAAAGUCGACAUACAUUUCUAUUUGUUUCUUCGCAAGAUUGUUUGCAAGAGCGUCAUUCGUGAGGGGAGUAAAAAUUGUUGUUCAGUUGUAAAUAUAGCGUACGCUAAUAACGGUAAACAAUAAACAUAAAUAUACCGCUAAUAUUAUCAUUACUAGUAUUAAUUACUAUGCGAUAGCUUUAACAAUAUUUAUCAAUAUCGUGCGAUCGGCAAUUAAUAUAAUUAUCGAUGACUCUGCUCUCGAUUUACACAUUUCCCCGGACGGAGAUGGGCGAGAUGCAGGGUCCAAGAAUUUCGCACGUCAGUGCGAGAACACGCAACAACCGUGGAGAAUUUAUUUUUCACGAGCAAACCACUUACAUGUCUUUACUGUACAUGCGAAUUAAGCGAUCACGGAAGAAAGGUGUUGCUUUCACGAUGAUGUAUUAAGAGGAAAAAAAAAAAAACAGAUUGAAGAAAAUUUGUACGUUUGCAUCGUUUUUAACACGUUUCUUCCUUCGUCCGCGUUCCAGCUGUCGGAAGUAUCUCCCAUGUAAAUGUUGUUCUUUUCGUAUAACUAUGAUAUAGAAGAAAGUAAUACAUUACUUAGGUAUUAUCGUAUGCGAAGAUGCCAUACUUAGGUACACUUUACCCAUAAGCGAGCGCACCAAACUCGACUCGGCGUGACGUCGGGACAACUCUUUACGCGAAACACCGAUCUGUUCUCGUUUCCGUUCCAUGUGUUCGUGGUACGUCUUCUGACUGCAUAAUCGAAACGUCCAUCCCUGAUUGUAAUGAUGUCUAAUAUCCGUUUGAGAGAAAUACCAUCGAGACUUACUCUCGAGAGUCAUACUUACCCGAUGGACACUGGGGAAUACUAUGGAGAGUUACUCUCUCGCUCGCAUCUUCUUAUUCUCUUUACUUCCGAGAGUCGCUCUCAAGUGGACAGAUCAGUGAUAAUUUGUGUACUUUUUUUUUCAUUAGCGAAUAAGCAACUUGAGUACGCGGUUUCGCCGGUAUAAUUGGCAUUUUUCUAUCUUGCGUAAUAGUCGCCCGUGCGCAUGGGACGACACUUGGAGGUCGGCGAAAAAAUUUUCCCACACGUGUGAGGAAGCUUUCCCUUUCUCAUGGAAGAAUUAUCUCGUCGGAAAUCUCUCUGUAGACCGUCAUUACAUAUAGGUAUAAUGUACAUCGAGUAAAUAUGAAAUUAAAAUGGUUUUGUUGAGUAAAAUAAUUAAUUAAGUUUAGACGACAUGUUACGUAAUUUUUAAUUUGUAUUAAAAAUUAUUACACAUUUAAUUCAAAAUUAGAAUUUAAUAAUCUGACAAUUCCUGCGAAUAAAGUUCGUAAAAAGGAAUUCUUUUUGACUAGAUACAUCAUAAAAGAUACAUCAUAUCUAUGUCAAAUGAAUUGCUAUAUGAAUUGUGUGAAAUAUUUUAUGUUUAUGAGAUAUUAAUGAUAUUCGUUUAUAUAAAAAUAUAUAAAAAUGUAUGAUAAUACAAUGAUGAAUAAGCGCCUAACAAACGUUUCUAAAAAAAAAAAAAUAUAAUAUUUGAAAAUAUAUCGAAAUCAGUAUGAUAGAAAGACCGGUGUAAUAGUGUAUUCAUAGGCUAAAAAGAGCGGAGGUGAAGAGAGUCAGGAGGGAUCACUUGUAUAUUAUAUCGUUCACAGUUAUAUUGUAAUUGGUACGUUCAUAGAUACGCAGGAACGUAUAUAAGCGCGUCUAACAGACGCGAGGCACCAAAAAAUUUUUUAUGAGCGUAUCUUUCCGUUUCUCGUUAUUCCGAUGCACAUUGCUGCAAGUUGCAUUGGUGCACUUUCGCGAGAACGAGUGUACCGUGACAUGAGACUUGCACGAACAUGACGCCUUGGUCGGGGCACGACGCGUUCAUGGCAAGGCGUGAAAUGGUGCUGUUACUUUCUUGCGAACAUAAGAAGCUUGUAUAUUUUUGCGCCUCUUGUUUGUAAGAUAAUCAUUUACAAAUAAAUCACGAGAAAAAGUC